AUGCUGCGGUGUAUUGGAAGCCAAACGAUCAUCGCGAGGGGGCUGGCGCUCAGCGGCGCACGUGUCCCCGGUGGUGUCCGCAGACGUCCAGUGCGACGUCGCUAUCACCUGCUUAGCCCAACCACGGCCAAUGCUGGCAGUGCUGAUAAUUUGAUUGAUCUGCGCUCAGAUACCGUCACGCGCCCUUCUCAAGCGAUGCGUGAAGCAGUGCUCACUGCCGAGGUCGGAGACGACGUGUACGGUGAGGACCCGACCGUCACCGCGCUGGAGCGACGCGCCGCCCAAUUGCUGGGCAAGGAGGCAGCGCUGUUCGUGCCCACCGGCUGCAUGGGCAACAACAUUGCCAUUGCCACCCACUGCCAGCGUGGUGACGAGCUUAUCUGUGGACGCAGCUCCCACAUCUUCAACUACGAGGGUGGUGCUGCCAGCGUCCUCUUCGGGGUGAGCAUGCAUACCCUGGACAAUCGUGCGGACGGAUCCCUUGACCUGCAGCAGGCCGAGCGCUUUGCUGUGCGUCCGGACGAUCAGCACUUCCCUCGUACAAGUCUCUUGUGUCUCGAGGACACCCACAACAUGUGCGGUGGGCGCCGCCUCGCCGCGGACUUCACCGCACAAGCCCGUGCCUUUUGUGAUCGCCACGGCCUGCAAAUGCACCUGGAUGGUGCUCGCGUGUGUAACGCAGCCGUGGCCGCCGGCGUACCCCUCGACGAGUAUGUGCGUGCCUACGACACGGUCAAUGUGUGCCUGAGUAAGGCCUUGGGUGCCCCAGUGGGCUCGGUCCUGACAGGGCCGGCGGACUUUAUUCGCCGCGCCCGUCGCACCCGCAAGCUCCUAGGCGGAGGCAUGCGCCAGGCGGGCGUUAUUGCAUGCGCUGGCUUACUAGCGUUGGACAACAUUGAGCGAUUGGCGGUGGAUCACGGUCAUGCCCGAGCGUUUGCCGCAGCGUUGGCCAGCAAUCCAAAGUUUGAAGUGCUGCCCGUGGAUACGAACAUUGUGAUCUUUCGCCCUCGUGACACAGCUGGCCUGUCCGGCCCAGAAGUCAUCUCGGCGUUUGGCAAGGCCAAUAUUCGCCUGAUCCAUGGCAUUGACACCUUUCAUGUUCGCGCUGUCUUUCAUCUCGACAUAACCCCAGAAAUGGUCGAUCGCGCGUGUGACGUGGCGGCCACGCUAUAA